CCUUAAUAGAGGAAAACCGGUUGAAGAGGGUGGAGAUGGCUAUUCAACUACAACUCCUAGCAGGCUGCACGAUGGAGUUUUCUGUGCUUCCAUUGGGUGUUUCUCUGCAAGCCUUCCUGGGAGUUGUAGUAUAUCUGGUUUUACCUUCCCAAGGGGAGCUGGGGUCCCUUUAAGGAACCUAGGCGUCCCUAUUCUAAGCUGGAAGUUUGAGCUAGUUGCUGGGCAGCGGACAGGGGAGGGGGGCUCAGUAGCUGCCAGGGAGCCCGGUAGUGGGGACCAAGAGGAGGAGGAGUAGGCCGGGGGGUGGGGGGCGGGGCAGGUCCUGGGGGGGAUCACCCCUACUGGGGCUCAGAGGAUCUGGGAAGCUAGUUAGCACCUAGCCCCCCACCCAGGGACCUGCCCGGCCUUGGGAGAGAGAGCAAGCCAGGUAUGAGGGAGGAAGGACAGAAGAGGAGCUGAGCAGACUACAUAUCCCUUUCUUUCAGGAACCCUGAAUUUGGUUCCUCCCAGUUCCCACUCUCAGUGAGACUCAGUCCCAAUCCCACAUAUUUUUGCGGUUUUAGGGACCCAAGACUCUGAGCCCCUCCCCCACUCUCCCAUCCCCCUUGGGAUUCAGCUGUCACAGCCCAUCUGCUUUAGCACUCACAAGCUUGGGGCAAAGUUCCCAGACCUCAAGAAUCCAAACCCUUGAGCUCCAGUUCAUGUAAGGAACUAUGAGUUUGCCCCUGGAACAGCUCCCAGCCCCUCCCGUCUCAUGGAGCACCCUUUUCCCUUCCAGGAUGUCUCAGGACAGUGACAUGUGGAGGAAGGAUUCGAGUCUGGGUGAUGAGCUGGCUGCUGUGAGGCAGCAGAAGCUGGAGCAGCAGAGGCGCCUGUUUGAGAAGAAGCAGCGGCGCAAGCGCCAGGAGCCACUGAUGGUCCAGGCCAACCCCGAUGCUUCCCUGCGGCCCCGGCGACCCCGACGGCGGGAGGAGCGCGGCCCGGGGGAGAGUGGUCCCGGGAACCCCUUUCUCUUGGAGAACGUGCCUGAGGCACACCUACGAGCGGGCAUCCGCAGCAUCCAGAGCAAUGUUAAUUGCGGUGGCGACUGUGGCAGCGAAUGCACCCUUCGCCAGGUCCCAGCUGGGGCUGACAGCUCGGACCCAGAACUGGAAGAGGUCUCGGUGGAGGACAGCCCGGUCUCCCCACCUCCCAGCAAGGAGCUGCCUGGGACCCGGCGCCGCGGAUGGCCCGCCCGGCAGCGGCAAGGGAGAAUAGACAGUCUGCGGGAAGGCAGGUCCGCGAAGACUCCGGUGCACACAGCAGAGAAAGAGAAGGCGGUGACGCCGGAGGAGGAGCGGGAAGGCCAGAACCCCGAUGUCGCCUCUCUGUCUUCCUGGGCAGAGCUAGAAAGCCCCACAGAGUCCCAGACCGCUGACGAGGAGCUACGAGAGCCCAGCCUGGGAGGUAGCCAAGGAUCCCAGAAUGAUUUGACAGAGAAAAGUAGGCCCUCGGGGCCAGGACCGACACUGCCGCCGCCACCGUUGCCCCCAGAGGAGCAGGAAGAGGAAGAGGAGGCAGAGGUGGCGGACGGAGAGGAGAGCAGGAGCUACGAGGCUUCGGACUCGGGAAUAGAACGCAGCUUGCCGCGGGGCCGGGACCACGGAGACUCGGUGUCCAGCAAGGAUGAGGAGGAGGACGAGGAGGAGGGGGCUGCGACCUUGGCGCUGGAGUCUCCCGAGGGUCCCAGGACCAGGGCUGGAGCAGGGGACACAGGAAGAGCGCCGCGCUCCCCGCCCCGCGCCCCUGCCCCGCGGCCCGACGAGGACAUGGAAGCCUACGUGCUGCGGCCGGCUUCUCGCGGCCGGACCGUGCAGUGCAGGAUUAGCCGAGACAAGCGGGGCGUGGACAAGGGCAUCUUUCCCUUCUACUACCUCUACCUGGAGACGGUGGACGGCCGAAAGCAUUUCCUCCUGGCUGGGCGCAAGAGGAAGAGGAGCAAAACUUCUAACUACCUCAUUUCCCUGGACCCCACGGACCUGUCCCGAGAUGGGGACAACUUUGUGGGCAAAGUCAGGUCUAACGUCCUGGGCACGAAGUUCACCAUCUUCGACAAUGGGGUGAACCCAGAGCGGAAAACCUUCAUGCCGGAGUCUACCCGGGUCCGGGAAGAGCUGGGGGCUGUGUGCUAUGAAACCAAUGUGCUGGGCUUCAGGGGCCCCCGGAAGAUGACCGUCAUCAUCCCCGGCAUUGACUCCCAGAACCAGAGGCUUAAAGUGCAGCCCCAGAAUGAGCAGGACUCCCUUCUGAGCCGCCUGCAGAGAGGGGCCAGCCAGGGCCUGGUCCUUCUGCAGAACAAGGCCCCGUCCUGGAGUGACGAGAGCGGUGCCUACGUCCUCAACUUCCACGGGCGGGUGACUCGGGCCUCGGUCAAAAACUUCCAGAUUGUACAUCCAGAUGACCCUGACUACUUGGUGCUACAGUUCGGCCGCGUGUCUCCGGACACGUUCACCAUGGAUUUCCGAUUCCCCCUCUGUCCCCUCCAAGCCUUCGCCAUCUGCCUGUCCAGCUUCGAUGGGAAGCUGGCGUGUGAGUGACGCCCCCCAACCCCGGCCCGCGUGGGGCUGGUCCCCAAUAAAGUGCUACCUUCCCCACACACACA